UUCUGUUCUUUCUCACUAGAUGACUCAGGAGCAGUACAUCCUGGCAUCUCAGCCGAACCCCCUCCAAAGACCGGGAUGUGCUACUGUGUACCCUGUGGGGAUUUAUGGCUGGCGAAAGCGCUGUCUCUAUUUCUUCAUCCUCCUCCUCCUCGUCACCAUGAUCGUCAACCUAGCUUUGACCAUCUGGAUCUUAAAAGUCAUGAACUUCACCGUGGAUGGCAUGGGAAAUCUCCGCGUAACCAAAGAGGGCAUCAGAUUAGAGGGAGUGUCGGAGUUCCUUCUUCCACUUUAUGUGAAAGAGAUCAAAUCCCGACGGGACAGUCCUCUGGUCUUACAGUCAGACCGCAAUGUGACAGUGAAUGCACGAAAUAACCUUGGCCAGCUGACAGGACAACUCACUGUGGGCUCAGAGAUGGUAGAAGCCCAGUGUCAGCGGUUCGAGGUGAAAAGUAGUGAUGGCGAGAGAGUUCUCUUCUCUGCUGAUGAAGAGGAGAUCAGUAUUGGCACAGAUAAACUGAGGGUCACAGGCAACGAGGGAGUUGUGUUUAGUCAUUCAGUGGAAACGUCACACGUUCGAGCUGAACCAUUCCAAGACCUGAAGCUAGAGUCUCCGACAAGGACACUGACACUGGAGGCUCCCAAAGGUGUUGAAGUGAACGCGGGAGUAGGGGAAUUCAAAGCUUCUUGUAGGAAAGAUCUCACUUUAGAGUCUUCAGAAGGAGAGAUCUUCUUAAAUGCAAACUCAAUCCGUCUUGGAAAUCUUCCACACGGGAGCGUGGACCUAUUGCUUGGUCCAGGGACCACAUACUCCAAACAGACUGUGUACGAGGUGUGUGUAUGUCCCAGUGGCAAGCUCUAUCUGUCUCCUGCAGAGAGCUCCUCCACCUGCCAGACCACCAAUAGUGUGUGUCUCUGGAGCUGAGAAAGGUGGGUGGGCCAUGGACCACCCAGCACCAGAAAGGCCUUCCUUCACCUUCCCUCUCUUGCUCCUUUCCUUCCUCCGUCCUCCUUUCCUCUGUCUUCUUCUCUUUCUUAAUUCUGUAAUGCCUUUCUUUUAUCCACACUUACAUCGGUCUGUCCAUCUGCCCUUAAAUUUGUCCAUCCUCUAUCUAUCUAUCUAUCUAUCUAUCUAUCUAUCUAUCUAUCUAUCUAUCUAUCUAUCUAUCUAUCUAUCUAUCUAUCUAUCUAUCUAUCUAUCUAUCUAUC